CGCGCUGCUGAAUGAGACCGGCGCCGGUCUCAUUCAGCAGCGCGCGAGGGCGGGAGAGCAGAGCCAGCGCAGCUCCCCCAGCGGCCGCCAGGACAAGUCCCCCAGCGGCCGCCAGAAGCCCCCAGAAGACCUCCCCAGCGGCCACCAGUACAAGUCCCCCAGCGGCCCCAAAAGACCUCCCGAGCGGCCUCCAGAAGACCUCCCCCUG